AUGGCCAGAUGGGACUCCCUCAAGGCGCACUUAUUUGACGUAAAAAUCCUUGAGGAACUUGCGAGAUUCCUCUGCUUUCAGCCCUACAACGUCAAAUAUAACAUUCAACAGCACCUUUUCUCUCUCUUUAAUUACGCCAUGAGCUUUUGAGCUUAUCACUUUCUCGAACUUUACGCUGUAAACGCUGGCGACUAUUUAAAUGCAAACAAAGACCCGAUUAAUACGUUAAAUCAAAAUGUGAUGUCAG